GGAGGGAGCGGCCGCUAGUGGCCGGAGGAGUGUGCGGCAGGGAGCGGGUGGUGAGUGCGGUGCGGAGCGGAGACUGAUCGCUGGGGAGAUGCCGACCUUCGUGCUCAACACCAACCUGAGCCGCGCGAACGUCCCGGAGGUGCUGCUGGAGGAGCUGACCGUCACAUUGGGCACCUUACUGAAUAAACCCCAGCAGUACAUCGCAGUGCACAUUGUGCCGGACCAGAUCCUUUCCUUCGGAGGUACCUCUGAGCCCUGCGCUCUCGGGACUCUCUCCAGCAUUGGCAAAAUCAGUAAAGAGCAGAACAAAAACUACGCCAAAGUGCUGUUCGUCCUGGUGAACAAGCACUUGCACAUUUCCCCAGACAGGAUGUACAUCGUCUUCCAAGAUCUUGAGGCUGCUAAUGUUGGCUAUAACAAAAAUACCUUUGCUUAGCUUCUGAUGCAGAACAUUCUUAACUGAUCAGUUUGAUAUACUGUAUGUUGUAUCUUCAUCUGUAUCAAUGAUCAAUGGACCAGAGAGAAGACUCUUAAAAUAAUGUCUUGUUUCUGACUGAACAAUAAAGUAAAUGUAACAAUGUA